AGUCGGCCCGGCGCGCGCUGCGGGCAGCGGCCGGAGCGGCGGGAGCGGCGGGAGGAACCGGGUUUGGCGACGGCAGUGGCGGCGGCGGCGCUCGGAGACCGAGGAUGCGGCGCCGUCUUUUGGAGCCCGGGGCUGCGGCCGCCGCCCGCGAAUAGGAGGCGGCGCGCGGCGCGGGCGCUGCUCGGGGCGGGGGAGCGGGGGGGGGCGGCGCGGCGAGGAGGCGGUGGCAGGAGCCCGCGCCCGGCCCGGCGCCCGCCCGCCCCGUGCUGCUCCGCGGCGCCUUUUCUGCACCCGCCGCUCGGCGGAGCGGGAGCCUCGGCCCCUCCGCGCCGCUGCCGCGAGCUGCCCCGCGUCCGGCCAGGCCCCCGCCUUAGGGAUGGCAAACUUGCGCCCCGUGGCUGCCUCCGCCAGCGCCGGCCCCCGCUCCUGCUGCUGACGGCGCCCAGGACAAGGGACAUAGGAUGACCCCAGCCUGUCCCCUCUUACUAUCUGUGAUUCUGUCCCUGCGCCUGGCCGCCGCCUUCGACCCCGCCCCCAGCGCCUGCUCCGCCCUGGCCUCGGGCGUGCUCUACGGGGCCUUCUCACUGCAGGACCUCUUUCCCACCAUCGCCUCGGGCUGCUCCUGGACCCUGGAGAACCCUGACCCCACCAAGUACUCCCUCUACCUGCGCUUCAACCGCCAGGAGCAGGUGUGCACCCACUUUGCCCCCCGUCUGCUGCCCCUGGACCACUACCUGGUCAACUUUACCUGCCUGCGGCCUAGCCCAGAGGAGGCGGUGGCCGGGGCGGAGGCAGAGGCGGGGUGGCCAGAGGAGGAGGAGGAGGCCGCAGCGGGGCUGGAACUGUGCAGCGGCUCGGGCCCCUUUACCUUCCUGCACUUCGACAAGAACUUCGUGCAGCUGUGCCUGUCGGCAGAGCCCUCGGAGGCCCCGCGCCUGCUGGCGCCUGCCGCCCUGGCCUUCCGCUUCGUUGAGGUCUUGCUCAUCAACAACAACAACUCCAGCCAGUUCACCUGCGGCGUGCUCUGCCGCUGGAGUGAGGAGUGCGGCCGUGCCGCCGGCCGGGCCUGUGGCUUCGCCCAGCCGGGCUGCAGCUGCCCCGGGGAGUCAGGGGCUGGUCCCGCCACCACCACCACGCCUCCAGGCCCUCCGGCUGCCCACACUCUGUCCAAUGCCCUGGUGCCCGGGGGCCCGGCCCCACCCGCUGAGGCCGAUUUGCAUUCAGGGAGCAGCAAUGACCUGUUCACGACCGAGAUGAGAUAUGGUGAGGAGCCGGAAGAGGAACCGAAGGUGAAAACCCAGUGGCCAAGGUCUGCAGAUGAGCCUGGGCUAUACAUGGCGCAGACAGUGGAAGGCCAGUGGCUAGAAUGGGGUCCCUGGGGCCCGUGCUCCACAUCCUGUGCCAACGGGACCCAGCAGCGCAGCCGGAAGUGCAGCGUGGCGGGCCCAGCCUGGGCCACGUGUACAGGGGCCCUCACGGACACCCGCGAGUGCAGCAACCUCGAGUGCCCGGCCGCAGAUGGCAAGUGGGGGCCGUGGAACGCGUGGAGCCUGUGCUCCAAGACGUGCGACACGGGCUGGCAGCGCCGCUUCCGCAUGUGCCAGGCCACGGGCGCGCAGGGCUACCCCUGCGAGGGCACCGGAGAGGAGGUGAAGCCUUGCAGCGAGAAGAGGUGUCCAGCCUUCCACGAGAUGUGCAGGGACGAGUAUGUGAUGCUGAUGACGUGGAAGAAGGCGGCUGCUGGCGAGAUCAUCUACAACAAGUGCCCCCCCAAUGCCUCAGGGUCUGCCAGCCGCCGCUGUCUCCUCAGUGCCCAGGGCGUGGCAUACUGGGGUCUGCCCAGCUUCGCCCGCUGCAUCUCCCACGAGUACCGCUACCUGUACCUGUCACUUCGGGAGCACCUGGCCAAAGGGCAGCGCAUGCUGGCAGGGGAGGGCAUGUCCCAAGUGGUGCGCAGCCUACAGGAGCUGCUGGCCCGGCGCACUUACUAUAGCGGGGACCUGCUCUUCUCCGUGGACAUUCUAAGGAAUGUCACUGACACCUUCAAGAGGGCCACCUAUGUGCCCUCCGCUGACGACGUGCAGCGCUUCUUCCAGGUGGUAAGCUUCAUGGUGGAUGCAGAGAACAAGGAAAAGUGGGAUGAUGCUCAGCAGGUAUCCCCUGGCUCUGUGCACCUGCUGCGUGUCGUGGAGGACUUCAUUCACCUGGUGGGCGAUGCCCUCAAGGCCUUCCAGAGCUCUCUGAUUGUCACAGACAACCUGGUGAUCAGCAUUCAGCGCGAACCGGUCUCGGCCGUGUCCAGUGACAUCACGUUCCCCAUGCGCGGCCGCAGGGGCAUGAAGGACUGGGUGCGGCACUCGGAGGACCGCCUCUUCCUACCCAAGGAGGUGCUCAGCCUCUCCUCCCCGGGGAAGCCAGCUGCCUCCGGCCCAGUGGGCAGCCCUGGCAGGGGGAGGGGCCCAGGAACCGUGCCCCCUGGCCCCGGCCACUCCCACCAGCGCCUCCUGCCGGCAGACCCCGAGGAGUCAUCCUCCUACUUUGUGAUCGGUGCUGUGCUCUACCGCACGCUGGGCCUCAUCCUGCCGCCCCCCAGACCCCCGCUGGCCGUCACAUCCAGGGUGAUGACAGUGACUGUGCGGCCCCCCACCCAGCCACCAGCUGAGCCCCUUAUCACAGUGGAGCUCUCCUACAUCAUCAACGGCACCACCGAUCCCCACUGCGCCAGCUGGGACUACUCCAGAGCAGAUGCCAGCUCAGGGGACUGGGACACCGAGAGCUGCCAGACGCUGGAGACACAGGCGACGCACACUCGCUGUCAGUGCCAGCACCUGUCCACCUUUGCCGUGCUGGCCCAGCCGCCCAAGGACCUGACCCUGGAGCUGGCAGGCUCCCCCUCGGUCCCCCUCGUGAUCGGCUGUGCCGUGUCCUGCAUGGCGCUGCUCACUCUCCUCGCCAUCUAUGCCGCGUUCUGGAGGUUCAUAAAGUCCGAGCGCUCCAUCAUCUUGUUGAACUUCUGCCUGUCCAUCCUGGCGUCCAACGUCCUGAUCCUCGUGGGCCAGUCACGGGUGCUGAGCAAGGGUGUAUGCACCAUGACUGCCGCCUUCUUGCACUUCUUCUUCCUCUCCUCCUUUUGCUGGGUGCUCACGGAGGCCUGGCAGUCCUACCUGGCUGUCAUCGGACGGAUGCGUACCCGCCUCGUUCGCAAGCGCUUCCUCUGCCUGGGCUGGGGUCUGCCGGCCCUGGUGGUGGCUGUGUCUGUCGGCUUUACCCGCACCAAAGGAUACGGUACAUCCAGCUACUGCUGGCUCUCCCUGGAGGGCGGCCUGCUCUAUGCCUUUGUGGGCCCUGCAGCUGUCAUUGUCCUGGUGAAUAUGCUCAUCGGGAUCAUCGUCUUCAACAAGCUCAUGGCACGUGAUGGCAUCUCGGACAAGUCCAAGAAGCAGAGGGCCGGGUCGGAGCGGUGCCCCUGGGCCAGCCUGCUCCUCCCCUGCUCAGCGUGUGGAGCGGUCCCCAGCCCCCUGCUCAGCUCAGCCUCGGCCAGGAACGCCAUGGCCUCGCUCUGGAGCUCCUGCGUUGUGUUGCCCCUGCUGGCGCUCACCUGGAUGUCGGCCGUCCUGGCCAUGACAGACCGGCGCUCCGUCCUCUUCCAGGCCCUCUUCGCGGUCUUCAACUCGGCGCAGGGCUUUGUCAUCACUGCUGUGCACUGCUUCCUGCGCCGAGAGGUCCAGGACGUGGUGAAGUGCCAGAUGGGCGUGUGCCGGGCCGAUGAGAGUGAAGACUCCCCUGACUCCUGUAAGAACGGGCAGCUGCAGAUCCUGUCAGACUUUGAAAAGGAUGUGGAUCUGGCUUGUCAGACAGUUCUGUUCAAGGAGGUCAACACUUGCAACCCAUCGACCAUCACGGGCACACUGUCCCGCCUGUCCCUGGAUGAGGACGAGGAGCCCAAGUCCUGCCUCGUGGGUCCCGAGGGCAGCCUCAGCUUCUCACCACUGCCCGGGAAUAUCCUGGUGCCCAUGGCGGCCUCACCAGGGCUGGGGGAGCCACCGCCCCCCCAGGAGGCCAACCCCGUGUACAUGUGUGGGGAAGGCGGCCUGCGGCAGCUGGACCUCACAUGGCUUCGGCCUGAGCCGGGCUCUGAGGGGGACUACAUGGUGCUGCCCCGGCGGACUCUGAGCCUGCAGCCUGGCAGCGGGGGUGGGGCUGGCGAAGAGCCCCCGAGGGCCCGGCCCGAGGGCACCCCUCGGCGGGCUGCCAAGACGCUGGCGCACCCUGAAGGCUACCCCAGCUUCCUGUCUGUGGACCACUCGGGCCUGGGGCUGGGCCCUGCCUAUGGGUCUCUACAGAACCCCUACGGAAUGACCUUCCAGCCGCCCCCACCGACGCCCAGUGCCCGCCAAGUAUCUGAGCCGGGGGAACGCAGCCGGACGAUGCCCCGUACUGUGCCAGGCUCCACCAUGAAGCUGGGCUCCCUGGAGCGAAAGAAGUUACGAUAUUCAGACCUGGACUUUGAGAAGGUGAUGCACACCCGGAAGCGGCACUCGGAACUCUACCACGAGCUCAACCAGAAAUUCCACACUUUCGACCGCUACCAUAGCCAGUCCACAGCCAAGGAGAAGCCCAGCCCCGGGGAGCGUCCCGGCUUGUCCCAACAGCGGAGACACCAGAGCUGGGGCACCUUCAAGUCUAUGACGUUGGGCUCGCUGCCCCCCAAGCCCCGAGAACGGCUGGGCCUGCACCGAGCAGCCGCCUGGGAGCCCACAGAGCCACCUGAUGGUGACUUCCAGACAGAGGUGUGAGUGCCACACCGGACUGCCCACUGCAUAUAAAUAUAUAUAUCUCUCUAUUUUCACACUCCACUUUGGAACCACUCAGGAGCCAGCGCCCCCUCCCCUCUCCCGAGGGCUGGGCAGGGAGGCGCAGUGGACUCAGCCGGGCUGGGGGAGCCAGACACGGCAUGGCCUGGGGGGGCCAGGGCCCUUCCCUGUUUCUCCGAGGCCCCCCAUCUUCACCCCAGCUAUCUGUCCCUGUCCCCGGGCUGGGGAGGGGGGAGGGAAACUUUGUCGGGAAUAAACUUCACUC